CAGCUUGUGUUGUUGACGAACUCCCUCCCGCCAUGAAGCUCCCUCAAUACAUCCACGCGUUGGCCGAUCCGCUCCGGAACGAGGAUGUUACCGCACUCCUCAGGCUUCUGGAUACCCGGAAUCGUACCGCGCGCGGACUCGCCGACACCGUCGCGCCCAUCGACGAGCGCCGGCUGGCGAAUCCUGGGCACACGCUGCCUGAGCCAUGGGACGGGAUUGCUGUACGCCACUGCGCUGCCGUCAAGGCCUUCUACGCACAUGACAAUGUCGCCGCCUACACCCACCAGCAUCACCUCCUCACCCUCUACCUCCGGUGGCAGCAGGACCAGCCUUCGUGGUCCCUGCCCAUCCUAUAUCUUCUCCUGCGCGAUCUCCGUUCUCUCGCUGAACAGGCCGACUCCCUGACCUUUGAGACCACAGGUCGCACACCGUCCUUGGAAGAAUGCACCCGCACCGUGUCCAAGGCCUUCACACUCGCGGCAACGGACCGCACGUUUGAGGGCCGUGAUUCCCGUCGCCAGGGUGUAUACUACCUCGCAUCGCUCGCCAUCAAGUGUUACUUCAAGGUCGGCAAGCCGAAUCUCUGCAAGAACAUCGUGCGCGCAGUUACUUCCGACCCCAAGAUGCCGCCGGUGUCAUCUGCGCCCCUCGGAGAUCAGGUCACCUGGCACUACUACCUCGGCAUGCUGGCUUUCCUUGCGGGAGAAGACAAGAAGGCCCUCGAGGAGCUUGAGUGGGCCCUCCUCCACUGCCCUAUAGAUGCGCGGCGCAAUCUCGAGCUCAUUCUCACUUACCUCAUUCCCUUGCACCUCUUGCGUGGCUCGCUUCCCUCAGCUACGCUCAUGGCGCGGCAUCCGCGCUUACGGGAGGCCUACCAACCCUUCGUGGACGCCAUUCGCACCGGCAAUAUUCAGGCAUAUGACGACGCACUCGAGUGGGCUCAGCCCCGCCUCGUCGGGCUCGGUACAUAUCUCGCCAUUGAGCGAGCCCGCGAAGGAUGUGUGCGUGUGCUCUUCAAGCGCGCGUGGAUGGCAAAUGACAAGAACUCGCGCGUACCGGUUGGCGCAUUCACCGCCGCGCUCAGGCUGCAGGGUGCGCACGUGGACGGUGACGAGGUUGAGUGCAUGCUUGCGAACAUGAUCUAUCGGGGUUACAUGAAGGGAUACAUCUCGCAUGAGAAGCAGAUGGUCGUCCUCGGCAAGACCAAUCCCUUCCCCUCACUCGCCAUGCUGGGCCGAUGAUUGUCUGUAUUUGUACAUCUCGCAUUGCCAUCCCAGCGCAUGGCUGUGAUCGAUACAUGGCACGUCGUCGACUACCGCCUCAUAUGCCACGUAUCUCCUUUCACUACAUACAUCACUGCACCUGUGCCCUUCCACCGCAGCUGCAACGCGUCACUCAGAAGGAGUGGGGGUAGGCCGACUGCUGUUUGGCUUCAGCGCAAAUCGACUGCACGCGUUUGUGGCGUUUGGUAUUCUCGCUCGUUGCUCUCUUGAAGACAUCGCGAAGGUGCUCGUCGUAUUGGGCUGAUUGUUGCUGGUGCGCAGCAGAUAGAACUUCUAAGCUGGGAUUG